AUCAAAGGGUCCAAUCAUAAAAUGUCUAACUCGGAAGGUGACACAGCAUCAUCAAAACUUGUUCAACCAGAAAAACAAACUGAAACAAUCAUACAACAGAAUGAAACCGAACCGGAAAAACAAAUCUCAAAUAAAGAUGAGCUUUGUGGAUGUGACAUCAUUUGCUGCAAAAAUAAUUCAAGAAUAAAUUGUCGGUCUUUUCAGCCAUUUGCAAAAGCAAAAUGGGCUUUAUUUUUUAUUUGUAUUGCAAACAUGUUUCAACAAACUAUCACGAAUGGACUUUAUGGCGUCAGUAUCAGCACACUGGAAAAAAGGUUCGAACUUCGAAGUACAGAAAGUGGGAUGAUAGGAAGUGUGAACGAUGCAGCUCAAGUUCUGACUUCAAUUGUUAUAUCAUUAUUUAACGAGAAUGUUAACAAACCACGGUACAUUGGUUGGGGUCAAUUCAUUGCUGGUAUCGGUGGAAUAAUGUUUGCGUUGCCACAUUUCAUUGCACCUGAGUAUUCUCUCGUUAAUACAGAAGUUUUCAACUAUUGUAAUAAUGUAACAGAACCAGAUUGUAGCGAAUCCAUCCUUAGAAACUACAGGUUCUUUUUUAUGACAUCUAUUGCAUUAAUUGGAAUAGGAAUAUGUCCUUUGUACACUCAUGGUAUUGCAUAUCUGGAUGAAAAUGUGGAAAAGAAAAAUUCUGCUUUAUUCAGUUCCAUUUAUUUUGCGAUUGGUGGUUUAGGACCAGCCCUAGGAUUUCUUGUUGGAGGAGCAGCUAUGGAGCUAUACACAGAUAUUGGAAAAAGUUCUGAUGAAAUACCGAUCGAUAGUAGCAGCUAUCUUUGGGUGGGGGCUUGGUGGAUUGGUUUUUUGAUAUGUGGGAUCUUCCUUGUACUGAACUCUGUGCCUCUGCUUAUGCUUCCAAAACAUUUGCCCGGAACAGAAAAAUUCAGAGAGAAUAGAAAUUUGGAAACGCAGAAAAGUCAUCUUGAGCAGACUGGGGAAGGAACAAGAGGAACAGUGAGAGGUAUCAAUGAAAUCAUCCUAUUACUGCGAAACAAACCGUACAUGUUCAUGACAUGUGGAUUAACAAUGAAUGUUGCUCUGAUUUACGGCUUCAAUACUUUUGGGGCAAAAUAUUUAGAAUCUGUGUUUGGAUUAACUCCUUUUCAUUCUUCAUUAUUAUAUGGUGUUGCUGCCAUCUUUGCAAGCUUUGGUGCUCAAGUUACCAGUGGUUUUAUAAUCAAGAAAUAUGAAUUGACAGUUCCACAAAUAUUGAAGUUCAUCAUUGUGACUGGAAUAUUGUCAGCUCUUUGUAGCAUCGGAUUCGUUGUGCAUUGUGGAGAUAUAGAUUUUGCUGGAGGAACAGUUCCAUAUCCUAACUCGACCUUUGAACUUUCACCCUACUCAUCAUGUAAUGAAGAUUGCGGUUGUUCAACUGAUCGUUAUCAACCAGUAUGCGGGGAAGGAAUUGCUUAUUUUUCACCUUGUUUUGCCGGAUGCCAAACUCAAAUCAAUGAUACUACCUUCACAGACUGCACAUGUGUUGCCAACUAUAACUAUACAUCAACGAGCGGAACGAUUCUCUCAACAGAAAAUUGUGAUCGAAAUCCAUGUUCCAUGAUCAUUCCUUUUGCUUUUAUUGUUUUCUUUUGUUUUUUUACUUCUGUUUUAACGUUGUCACCUACUCUUCAAGUCACUAUCAGAUGCGUGCCAUUUCAUAACAGAGUUCUUGCAAUUUCUAUGCAGGCAGCAAUCAGCAGAUUAUUUGGUGUAAUACCAGGUCGAAUUCUCGUCGGUGCAGUACUUGAUCUUGCUUGUGUAUCAUGGAGUACAGAGUGCGGGGAUUCUGGUGCUUGUCAAGCUUAUAAACGAAAAGAUGUUUCAAGAAAUAAUACAAUUUUGCUGCUUAGCCAAACGGUCAUCUGUGCCGUAUUCUAUGUUCUUGUUCUACUCACAUACAAACCAGUAGGUGGUGCUAAAGGGGAUAAACAUGAGAACGGAACACUCGAUGCAAAAGAAGAUGUGAAUAAAACAACUUCAACUGAUGAUAAUAAUGAUCCACAAACUGCCGCCACUGUUCAGUUACUAGAAGAAGAGAAUUCAAAAAAAGAAUCGUGAUAUUUUUAUGAUUUGUUGGUGUAUUUCAAUUAUGUUUAUUAAAUAUGUAUACUCGCUAGCAUCCUGAAGCAAUGCAAAUUUUUCUCUUAAUGCUAGUAUUAUAGGACUUCAUACAUGUAUUGCAGGGGUAUUCAAAUGCAUCCACAAGGGAAAAUUGUGCGACCGGCGAAAUGAGUUUGUGAUAGCAAUUCCUAUCUCAUUGCAAAGCCUAUACCUGAGUGUAAUUUAUUAUCUAUGACGUUACAAUGCUCUAAUAACGCAUGUCAUAAGAUCAAUAACCAAAAUUUUGUGUCUGUAACUACAAGAAAGCCUAUGUUAAAUAAAGGUGCGCCCAGCGGUUGCACACCUCUGAUGUAUAGUAUGUUCAAAAAGUAUCAAGUUUAUUAUCUUCCCUGAAAAGACAAAUUCCUUAUAGUCUCAGUGGCUCUCGGGACAGUAAUGGCCUAAAAUUUCUCUCAGAUGUCAAUAUCUCUUCUUCUGAGUGAAUGCACAUGACCUGGCUUUGAACGACUGUUCAACGACUGUUCAUAAAAAAUUUACUUUGACCACCGAUGCAUUUCCUAAAUAUGCUUAAAAAUGCAUUCCCAGGUACUCCUGUAGUGUGUGUACCAGGGCAAAAUACCCUCAUAUAUUUUACCGAGUCUUACGAUUCUUUUACGCCAUGUCAUGAGUGAGGUUUAGUCUAUGAGUCAUUAGUAUUAGCAAGCUGUUAUUACCCUUUCCUUACAUGUCCCUUUCCUUAGUUUAGUAAUUUCACCAUUUUCCCUGGUAUCGGUUCUUUACAUGAUAUAUCAUAUUGGUAGACACACUUAUGGAGCACCCAUUUCCAAACUGAUGCAUGUUGAGUAUAUUUUAACAGCUUUAUUAAGGUAUUAUUAAUUAACCUAUCCUUAUCAUUAUAGAAUAUAGAGCCAUAGUGGGUAUAAUAGAAAAAUUUAGUAUUUUAGUGCAAGUAUUGUUUUUUCUUCUCUAUCUAUAAUGCAUGAUAAUCUUCAAUUAAAUAUAAGGAAAUCAUCAGUGUUUAUUACUGCCUGUGAAUUUUUCAAUUUUGCUGCAACUAUUUCACAAGUCAUAAUUUUUAUAUCGUAUUACAAUUUAUAUAUCUUGCCUUGAUCUUUAUUAACAGCAUAAUUUCCUUGCAGUUUUAAUGUCCAAUGCAUAACCAUGCCUUUGCAUUACAUUUUUCUUAUUUACUUUUCCAGGUUCACGUAAUUCAAACCAGCAAAUCAUGAACUUUUUAUUCCUAUUUUUAUGUAUGCUUUUCUCUGCCUACCCAAUUCUAUCUAGCAAACGGUCUCUUCAAUAAAAUAAGCAAAAUCAAGCUUUUAGCUCAUGCCUACUUUUAUAUAUCCUUUUCCAUGCCUACCUAAUCCAAACCAGCAAACACUCCUGAAUUUUUCACCUAAAAUGAGCACAAAAUGAAAAAAUUAACGAAAUCUGCAAAUUUUAUUUGAUUUCCAAUUGUUUUAUUCGUGGUCAUGUCAAUUUUCCUACAUUCCUGUUUUUCAUAGACGUCUUUUCUUUGCCUACCUAAUCGAAACACUCUGAAAUUUUCACCUGAAACAAGCAAAAUGAAUAAAUCCUUGGUUAUUGAUCAUGAUAACUCUCCAUUCAAUUUUGCUUUCCUGUGCCUACAUAAUUCAAACUGGCAAACCAUCUCUUUAGUGUUUAACCUAAAACAGGCAAAAUUAUCAUACAAUUUUUGCUUCUGGAUCAUGCUCACCAAACAAUCUGAAUUGUUGCCCUUAAAUAAAUUGACUGACGAAAGCUGCAAAUUGUAUUUGAUUUUCAUUUGUUUCAUUUUUUAUGUAAGCUUUUCUCUGCCUAUCAAAUUCAAACAAUCUCUAAGUGUUUCACCUAUAACAUGCAAAAUCAAUUGCAAAUUAUACGAUUUUGAGUCCUCAUCCAAUUGUUGCUUUUGGCUCAUACCUACUUUUAUAUAUGCUAUUCUCUUCUUACCUAAUUCAAAUUAACAAACACUUUGAAUUGUUCACCUAAAAUGAGCAAGAUGAAAAACGAAAACUGUAAAUUUUAUAUGAUUUCCAAUUGUUUCAUUUAUGCUUUUCUUUGCCUAACAAAUUCAAACUAGCAAAUUUUUCACCCAAAACAAGCAAAAUGAUGAAACUGCAAAAUUAAUGAUUUUAAAUGCUCGUUCCAUGUUGAUUUAUGGUCAUUCUAUCUAACUGUACUUUCCUAAUAUCAUGUGUGCUACAUAUUCCAACUGAAACAAUCGAAAUGAACAAAACUACAAAUUAUUAUCUUUCAAUAAUAUUUGUCUUUUUAGGUUUUUCACCCUAAACAAGCAAAACUAAACAGAUUAAAUUAAAACUGAUAAAAACUGUAAAUUUUAUUUAAUUAUUGUGAUUUUAAAUUAUUAUGGGGAUUUUUUUUAUUUCAUUUAUAUAUAUUGAUAGAAAAUCCGGUGCUUUUUAUUCUGCAAACAAGUGCACUGUUCACCAUCCAAAUUGUGCUAUUAACUUUUACAUUUUUUGUUUUUAAAUUCUCUAUAAGAGGUAUCAACACCUUCAUCUUCAGCGAAAGUUUCAGCUUGCACAUUAUUGGAUUUCCUCUCCUUCAUAUUAAAUUGCCAGUAAUCAUUUGAAAAGGCUGCUUACUACAUUAGCUAAAAGUUUGUUUUCGCUUCUUUCCCAAUAUUUGUCUACCUCAAACAAAUACCUAAGUGUUUUAUCCAUAUUUUACAAAUAUAAUCUAUAUCCGAGUGUGA